UAUCUAAAAAGCUUGUCGUACGACACAUGUAAUAUCAGCCUAAAGCCAAUUCAAACAUUUGUUUGGCGUUAAUAACGGUAUCGUUGUUUUAUUGUCAUAUGCUCUUUUUCAAUAAUACUCGUGUGCGUUUGGUUGCUAGUACAGUGAGAAGCUGGGAAAAAAUCUGUAUCACAAACAUUAUGUGGAGAUAGAAGCUUGACUGUAGAGAAAUAUAUUUUGACAUGGAUGAUCUAGAGAAGCAGUGUGAAGAUGCUGUAUUCGAAGUAUGUGAUGCUCGAGAGAGAUUCCCAUUGCUGUGCGCUGAAGAACUCAACAAAUGUAUUAAACUUACCAAUGAGAUACAGAUGACAAGGGUUCUCACAGAAAAAGUAAAAACUCUGGAUGUGCCAACUUUUACAGACGAACGAUAUGCAAUACUUGAGAAGGAUCUUUCCAUACUAACUUGCUUGCUAAAGACACAAGAAAAUAAAUUGCAAAUGAUGAUAGACAAAAUCGACAACUUAAAGACUACUUUGGAACAAAUUAAGAAGGACAAAUUGUGUGAAAUGAACAAAUUAUUGUGGAAUUAAAAAUAUUCUCUCAUUGUAAAUAAACCUACCUACUGUAUUAUA